GCCUGCUGCUUCGGGUGUUUCCGGCACCUGCUUCGGGUAUUUUCGCCGCCAGCUUCGGGCGGACUCGGCUCCUGGCCGGCCUCGUUCCUUCCCUCCCCGCCGCCUGCCCCGGUAACGGUCGCUGGGAGUUUAAAUGAGCGGGGGUCGGGCUGCGCUGCGCCGUCGCUGGGACACGGACUGAGGCGGGGCCUGAGCCGUCCCGCUCCGGGCUCGGCGAGAAGGAGGCCGGAGACAGCAGGAUGACGGUGCUGCAAGAACCAGUCCAGGCUGCUAUAUGGCAAGCACUUAACCACUACGCUUACCGCGAUGCAGUGUUCCUUGCGGAAAGGCUGUAUGCAGAAGUGCAUUCAGAAGAAGCUCUGUUUUUACUUGCAACGUGUUACUACCGCUCAGGAAAGGCCUAUAAAGCAUACAGACUCCUAAAAGGACACAGCUGUACUACCCCACAAUGCAAAUACCUGCUUGCAAAAUGUUGUGUUGACCUCAGCAAGCUUGCAGAAGGAGAGCAGAUCUUAUCUGGUGGAGUGUUGAAUAAACAGAAAAGCCAUGAUGACAUUGUUAUGGAGUUUGGUGACUCUGCAUGCUUUACGCUCUCCUUACUUGGACAUGUCUACUGCAAGACAGACCGGCUUGCCAAAGGAUCAGAAUGUUACCAAAAGAGCCUUAGUUUAAAUCCUUUCCUCUGGUCACCUUUUGAAUCGCUAUGUGAAAUAGGUGAAAAACCAGACCCUGACCAAACAUUUAAAUUAACAUCCUUGCAGAACUUCAGCAGUUGUCUGCCUAACACUUGCACAACACUGUUACCUAAUCACAACGUAUCCCAUAGACAGCCUGAGACUGUCCUUAUGGAAACACCACAAGACACAAUUGAGUUGAACAGAAUCAACCUAGAAUCCUCCAAUUCAAAAUAUUCCUCCUUGAACAUGGAUUCUUCCAUGUCUUACAUUGAUUCGGCUGUAAUUUCACCAGAUGCUGUUCCUCUUGGGUCAGGAACUGCCAUAUUGUCUAAACAGGCUCAAAAUAAACCAAAAACCGGGCGGAGUUUACUGGGGGGCCCUGCAGCUUUGAGCCCACUAACUCCAAGCUUUGGAAUUUUGCCAUUGGAAACGCCAAGCCCUGGAGAUGGAUCGUAUUUACAAAACUACACAAACUCUUCUUCUGUAAUUGAUGUGCCAUCCACAGGAGCACCUUCAAAGAAGAAACUUUGUGUUAUGCAGGCUGUCAGUAGGAUAAGCCAAGCUGGAACAAAAUCUGUCUUCUCACAGAGUGGAAAUAGCCGGGAAGUCACUCCAGUUCUUGUUGCACAAACACAGAGCUCUGGCCCACAGACGAGUACAACACCUCAGGUAUUGAGCCCAACAAUUGCUGCUCCACCAAACGCACUGCCUCGAAGAAGCUCUCGCCUAUUUACCAGCGAUAGCUCUACCACAAAGGAAAAUAGCAAAAAAUUAAAAAUGAAGUUUCCACCUAAGAUUCCAAACAGAAAAACAAAAAGUAAAACAAAUAAGGGAGGAAUAACUCAGCCAAACUUAAAUGACAGUUUGGAAAUUACCAAACUGGACUCUUCCAUCAUUUCAGAAGGGAAAAUUUCCACUGUUGCACCCCAGAUCCAGGCUUUUACGCUUCAGAAGGCAGCAGCAGAAGGUUUGAUGAGCCUUCUCCGUGACAUAGGGAAAGGUUAUUUAGCCUUAUGUUCAUACAACUGCAAAGAAGCAAUAAGUAUUUUAAGCCAUUUACCGUCCCACCACUACAACACUGGCUGGGUGCUGUGCCAAAUUGGGAGAGCUUACUUCGAACUUGCAGAAUAUAUGCAGGCUGAGAGAAUAUUUUCAGAAGUAAGGAGGAUUGAAAACUACAGAGUAGAAGGCAUGGAGAUCUAUUCAACUACACUGUGGCAUCUGCAGAAAGAUGUUGCCCUUUCAGUUCUUUCAAAGGAUUUGACGGACAUGGAUAAAAACUCACCAGAGGCGUGGUGUGCUGCAGGAAACUGUUUCAGCUUGCAACGAGAGCAUGACAUUGCAAUCAAGUUCUUCCAGAGAGCCAUUCAAGUUGAUCCAAAUUAUGCUUACGCCUACACCCUGUUGGGGCAUGAAUUUGUGUUAACCGAAGAACUAGACAAAGCAUUAGCUUGUUUUAGAAAUGCAAUCAGAGUCAACCCAAGACAUUAUAAUGCAUGGUAUGGGUUAGGAAUGAUUUAUUACAAACAGGAAAAAUUUAGUCUUGCAGAAAUGCAUUUCCAGAAAGCACUUGAUAUUAAUCCUCAGAGCUCAGUCUUACUGUGUCACAUUGGAGUGGUCCAGCAUGCACUGAAGAAAUCCGAAAAGGCUUUGGAUACUUUAAACAAAGCUAUUAACAUUGACCCCAAGAACCCACUAUGCAAAUUCCAUAGAGCUUCUAUAUUAUUUGCAAGUGAAAAGUACAAGUCUGCUUUGCAAGAACUUGAAGAACUGAAACAGAUUGUUCCCAAAGAGUCUCUUGUUUACUUUUUAAUAGGGAAGGUUUAUAAAAAACUAGGUCAAACUCAUUUGGCCUUAAUGAAUUUCUCAUGGGCAAUGGACUUAGAUCCCAAAGGAGCCAAUAACCAGAUUAAAGAGGCCAUUGAUAAACGUUACCUUCCAGAUGAUGAGGAACCAAUAACUCAAGAAGAACAAAUCAGUGAAUGUUACCCCUAUGAAUCAGUUGGCACAGAUGAAUCCCAAGAGAGCAGCAUGACGGAUGCAGACGACACGCAGCUCCAUGCAGUUGAAAGUGAUGAAUUUUAACCUCCAAAAGCCAGUAUCUGAACUUGAGUGUGUUACUGGUACUGUUGUGUUCUCCCUUUCCUUCGCAUCCUGAGUCUUCACAUCACUGAGCCAGCAUUGUCAUUAUUCUCCACUGACAUCAUGAGUACACCACUCAGACUUAAACUGUACAACGAAUUAAUGGCAGUGCAAUAUUCAGCUGCUACUGAGUUGGACUAGUUCUAAGUGACUGAAGAGGAAAUGCUGUUUUUGGACUCCCCUUUGAUGGAAAACUAUCAUGGAAGAAAGACGUGUUUGCUGUAACAAAGCCUGUAGAUAAGGGGAUAGUACUAAUGAAGCAGUGUCUUGUUCUUUUUCCAGAAAUGUGUCUUAGUUUGGUUCUUUCUUGGCAAGCAGAGUGCUGAACCUCAUUUCCAAGUUCAAGGACAGUGUUGACAAAUGCAGGCUGUUAUAGACUUUUGCAUAUUGUUGUGUAACUUAAAAUGCCAGGGAGUGCAGAUGACCUUAAAGCUACAGUGUCUCCAGUGAACAAACACCAUGAACAUGCUCAGGACUGUGAAUGUGUCUGACUAUGUAAAACAUCCCCUGUCCCUGCUUAGAGUGCAAACUUGCAGGAGUGGAAAUGUAGCAGGAGAAUCACAUUGCAGAAUCAAAGCUUCCAUGAAAUGCUUUCAUGUCUUAAUGAAUUAAUUUAUUCACUUAGUUUCUGGAAGGUCAGUGUUUACUUUGUACUUGAAAGAAACAAGUCAGCACCACUUUGCUUUCUCUUUCAUAUACCCCUUGACUUGUUCCUCCCCUUUUAAGAAUGAAAAUGAAUAAAGGGUAAAAUCAAGAGAGAAAUGUAGAUGCAACUGUAACGUGAAAACACCAAACCCUUAAUCCAGAUUGACUGUGUGUUUCUAAGCAGGUAGACUGGGAAGACCAUGGAAGCCUUAAUAUGAUCAGAACCAUAAUUAAACGCAUCAAAUAACUGUCUAAGAUUUGUAUCAGUGUUAAAACUGCUUUGUAAAGCAUGGUCCAAGCAGGAUGCAAAAACAUGCAAUUAUCUUUCUCCCUUUUCUAAGCUGUUCUUUAAGAUUCUUACUCUAGGAACACUUUCCUUUUCUACAGAGGCUGCGCCAGUGAGGAAAAAAAGCUAUGCCCUGUGAACAAGUCCAAAAUGAUCUUUUUCUGUAGUAUUCUGCAGGAGCAACCGAUGCCCUUUAUGCAGUGACGAUAAAGGAAGUGUAUGAUACUAGCAGUCUUAAAGAGCAGUUUAUGCAUAAUACAUGGGCAAUGGUAUAAAUUUCUUAGUAACUUGUGAUCAGUCUUAAUGGGUUUUUAUGUGUUGGGUUUUAAGGAUCUCUUAGUUACCUUUAGAACUUUAUCUUUUAAAACCAAAACCGUCUGUCAUCUUACACUUGGCAUGUCUGUCACAGCUGCUCUCCUGCUGUGGACCACAGGGACACCUUUAUAAUUGGAAAAAUAAUCCUCAAGUGCAGAGCAAAAAUGUAAAUCUCUGAUUUGUUUUGUUUUUUAAGUAGGAGGAUAACUAGUGAAAAAUAGGUUUAAGCACCCUUAAUGUUACAAGAGGGAACACUAAAAUCUGAGUGAUAAUAUACUAAAGGAGCUUUGUGCCUCUGCCACGUAUUUGUGAUUGGCUUGUGUCUGGAAGGCUGAUGCACAGACUGGAAAAUGGUGACCCAUUUCAGCUGUCUGGAGUGCACGGCUUCCUGCACAGCUUCUUGUGGCCAUAGCUAUUUUGGAGGCAUUUCCUUUUCCUGAGAAGUCUUCCCUGAGAAACAUACAGGGUUUCAGUUUCCCAAGACCUGAUAUUCAUCCAUGGUUGAGCUCGGGCACGAUGCUUUCUCAAGUUGCUUGUGUCUGUCCUGAUGUGUUUUUCCUGUAUAUGCAACUUCCCAGGACAUCUAUCAAGAAGGAACCUUCUAAGCAGCACCUCAAUAUGAGGUCUGGAGGCAGCACUUGUGUGAAUGUUGCCAAUUGCCAUAUUGCUCACCUUCCAUGUGAUUACAAGUGUAUUUUCUGAGCAAAAAAGCAGGAGUAAGCAGGUGCUACUCUCUAGACUCUCCAUAACCUGUGCUGAAAUGGGGACCAGAGAUGCAGGAAAUAAGGUGGCUAUUCCAUUUUUCUCUUGUUAUCUAGAAGUUGUGAAAAUUGCAGUAAAGUUUCCAAUGCCUUGGAAAGGGCUCUUAAUCCAGGUGGUAUUCGAAAAGGGUAUUCAUGCUCCUUGGAAGAUGCAAUACAUAAAAUUGUCACUUGCUUUAUUUGUGCAUCAUACUUUAAUGUGGUUUUUCUUCCUGAUAUUCUCAAGUAACUUCUAGACCACACUGCUCUUGCACCUUCCUAAAGAGAUACACAGAAUUGGUAUUUAAUCAGUAAAGUUUUUUGCUCUUUUUGGAGAGGGGCAGGGGGGACAACAAGCAUGAAGGGCACUCUGCCAGCCAGGUUAGAGCAAGUGUGUUCACUGAAAAUAAUUAGGGAACUGUAAUUUUCUUACAACAAAACUUUGGGACAAGGCGAAGCGUGGGUGUGGUGUGUACUAUUUACAUUGAAACAAUGUAAUUUGUCUUCUUCCUUUUUUUGCCUUUCUUGACUUCAUUUAAAAAAAAAUGUACAGUCUUAGGGGAAAAAAAGUUUUUUCUGUUAAUAUAUUUGCGAUUCAUUAAAGGAUGUGGAAAGUCCAAAUAAACUACUUUGCAAAGCAGGCUUAUCUCCA